AUGCCUUCGCUGCCAGCUUCUCCGCUAAGCGCCCGGGGACUUGAUGAAUCCAUAUCCGGGGACGUGACAUAUAGACUUGGAGGUCAGUUUUGGCCCUCCCGCUGCUUUGCCAAACUGCAUGGAGAUUUGCUCAUGCUCCAGCGAAGUGGAAGGCAGCAAGCCGCUGUUUCCUUGACUGGCGCGAAGGUGGAAGUGACAUCGCAGUGCACAGUCCAGAUCGAGGCAACUGGCAGUCCAUCGCUGUCCUUGCGUCUCAACACUCCUGAGGAGGCGAUGAGAUGGUGCCAGGUUCUGCGACGUGCGAUUCAACGCUCGCGAGGUUUUCGCGACUUAGUGUGCUCCUCUCCGCUGAUCAGCCCGCGCGGUGCUUCGCCUUCACCCCGCGGCGCCUCACCAUCGCCGCGUGGUGCAUCACCCUCACCACGCGGUGCCUCUCCGUCUCCCAGAAGUCAGGCCAAUGCCGAGGAAGAGGAACGCAUGGACCAGUUGCAAGCACAACUUCGAGAGAAGGAGGCGGCUGCCAAGGCCCUGGGCGAGGCUCAAAAUGCCGCCAUGGCAAGGGCUGAUGCCGCCGCAGAUGCAAAGCAAGAAGCCGAGGUCCGCGCGAAGCUUGCGGAGCAAUCCCUGCGAAAUGAGCAAGGGCUGCGAGAUGAACGCGAGAAGAAGCUGCAGGCCCAAGCAGAGGAAGAAGCUGCAAAGUGCAAGCAGCAAGUUGGGGACAUGCAGAUAGAGCUGGCAACGCAGAAGGCUGAAGUGAGCUCGUUGCAGACCUUGCUUUCCACAGAAGUGGAAGAACGCAAGGUUCAGCAGGCUGAAAUGCAGUCGCACACACAUGCCCACCAGGCUUUGCAGGACAUGAUAUCCGCUUUGGAAAAGCAGCUGUCGGACGUGCAGCGUCGAAAAGCUGCAGCUGAGCACCGCUUUGCAGCAGAGGAGGCGUGCCGCAAAGCCUUGGAGGAACGUUGCGCUGGGGCAGAGAAGCGGCACCAUCAGGACGAGCAGCUUGCUGAGAGCCUGGCGGCCUCUCUCCGAGAAGCCAAGCAGUGCCUUGCUUCAGCAGAAGCUGGCCGUGAGGCUGUGGCAGACCAAGCCUUGGUGGAUGAGCGUGCCGCACGGCGAAUCGCCGAAACUGCUCAGAAGGCGGCACAGGAUGAGGCUGAGAGCUUGCAAGCUAGAUUAUCUUCAGCUGAAGCCAAGGCAAAUGAGGCGGAGGCCCGGGCUCAAGAGCUGCAGAAGCGGCUGGCUGCCAUAGAAUCUCGCGCAAAGAAGGCUGAGCAGGCACCAGACUCACCACGCAAAAAGGCUGAGCAGGCAGAGCUUGCCCGUAAAGAGGUGGAGUCUCGGAACCACGAAUUGCAAAAGCGCUUGGCGGCCGCAGAGGCAAAGGCCAAGAAAGCCGAACAAUUGGAAGAAGCCCGCAAGGAAGCUGAAACUCGUGCGCAAGAAAUGCAGCAACGCCUCUCUUAUCUCGAGGCGGAGAUGACAGCCGUACAACAAGCAGCGCUUGCUUGCAAGGAAGCGGAGAAACAUUUCCAGGACGUACAGAAGGAAGAAACCAAGAAGAUGGAAGCAAUCCAGGUAGCACGCCGAGAUGCGGAAGCACGAGUCAGCCAGCUUCAAAACCAGGUCUCCAGCUUGGAGACAGAGCUUGCGCGGGCUAAGGAUACUGAGUCCCUCCAAGAGGUGCACCUUGCAGUCCAGCAUGAUGCAGAAGCUCGGGCAACGGACUUGCAAAGGCAAUUGUCCGGUAUGGAAACUGAGCUGAAAGAGGUGCAGCAGCUUCGCUCCGACAAGGAGAAAGCAGAAGAGAAGGUGCGAAGCCUUGAGGAACGCCUUCUAGUCCUCGAGGAAGGGAUGGCUUCUGCAAAGGCCGCAACAGAAGCGCAAGCGCAGGAUCAAGUGCAGGAUAUGCAGCGCCGACUCGAAGCUGCGAACCGACGCCUCCUCGCGGAGGAGAACUGCCGCAAAGUGGCCGAGGAACGUGGUGACGGCGCUGAGAAGCGACUUGUAGAGGCUGAAAAGCAGCUGGAGACGCUGGCGAUGCAAAGUCCUCGGAGGCUAUCAGGAGAAUGGGACGUGGAAUCACCAAAGCCCGUGCCAUCAGAGGCAUCAAUGUCAACAGAGACGUACGAGAACCACCCACACAUCCCACAGGAGGGCAAUGAUAUGUCUCAGCUUCAUGCACUCCUUGCUGCAGCCGAACUGAAAGCCAGCGAAGAGUCCCGCGCUCGACACACGGCCCAAAAGCAACUCAUCCAAGCCAUCAAAGCAGCCACAGCCGCUGGUGCAAAGAUGAAAGCUGCAGAGAUGGCAUCACGCUUUGAGCGUGGAAACACCACGUUGUAG